GAUAACUAAGUUUAGCUUCGAAAACUCAUAUGUGUGUGUGCACAUGCAUGCACAUGUGCAUACAUAUGCCAAUAUCCAUUAGUGGGUUAAAAAAAGAACCUACAAAAUCACCAUUUUUUACCUCUGACACUUUCUAAUGCCAUAUAAGUGUUUGCCAAUUCAUUAAAUCAAAAUUCCAAGGGAUUAUUUUACAAGUGGAGUUUGACUUUAGGUAUUGAUAAAGGGACUGCUUACUCCUUUUGAGGGGAGGAGAGGAAUAUUAUUUAGAAUUAUAGAAUUGGAUCUAGAAGAUGUCUAAGACAUUAACUAGCUCAAACCCUUCAUUUAACAAAUGAAAUAACUGAAGACUAGCAUUGAAGAGACAUCUAAUGGAUUUCAGAGCAAAGAUUUGCACCUACAUCUUCCAACUCCAAAUCAAACAUGCUUCCACACUACCUCAAUUCAUUUUUCAGAGUCCUCUUUCUUUUUCUUCUUUUGUUCAUUCUGUAAGCAUUAUUACUGUGUUGAUGAUGAUAAUGAUUAACCUCCUCAUCUCUCUCCCUCUAAUUCAUUCUUCCUAGUUUCAGGCAAAUUCUGAACAAUCCCAGGGGCUAGUCUAGAGAAGCCUAGCCCAACUAUUUAAUAUUGCUGACAACAGCAAAUUCAUUAACUUCUCUUUGUGUACAUUAAGAUUUAGUCCCACAGACUAAUUUGUUUACAACGUAGCUACCAUGAUCCUAGCACAGCUUGCACCAACCACUCCACAGUCAGGGAGGGACUGGGGAGGAGAUUAUCCAUUGUUUCUCUGUCCUGGUUGGCAGAGAGCAUUACUGGCCAAUUGUAUAAAGAAGGCACAUUUCUCUCUGUUCUAAUACAGCUUAGGGAGAGAAGUCAGACUAUGUUUGGAAUCCCCAGUUUCUUCCUCUUCUUCUUUGCUCUCUCUAUGGCAUUAGGGCUCAUAAAUGACUGGAGUUACCUGCUCUGGGUAGCUCCCCUUCUGGGACUGCUGCCAGUCUGGAGAAAAAUAGCAUUCUUUGGAGCAUCUGAUAAGAGAAUCGCUGUGGCUGGAAAAGCGGUGCUUAUCACUGGCUGUGAUACUGGCUUUGGGCAUUCCCUGGCUUUGAGACUGUUCAGUCUCGGCUUCACUGUGUUUGCUACCUGCCUCUUUCCAGAUGGGGAAGGGGCGCAACGUCUGAGGCAGGAAGCUGGAUCUAGCUGUCGGCUCCAUGUUCUCAAACUUGACGUCACUCAGGACCAAGAUGUGGCUGAAGCUAAGGAAUUUGUCCUGAAGAACAUGCCUGAAAACGGUCUCUGGGGUCUAGUAAACAAUGCAGGAAUAAUGCUGGUGGGGCCAAUUGAAUGGAUAUCUUUUGAUGAAUGUAAAAAUGUUAUAGACGUCAACCUUUUGGGGAGCAUCAGGACAACACUAACAUUUCUUCCCCUAAUAAAAAAGAGUCAAGAGCAAUAUCUCCAGGUUCUAGAAGGCUAUUGGUCAGGACGUUUAAUCUUCAUGUCUAGUACUUUUGCAUUUAUAGAAAGAGGAAAUAUCUUCUAUUCUUUAUCAAAAAAUGCAUUGGAAAAAUAUGGUGAUAUGUUAAGGCAUGAAUUAAAGAAAUUUGGAGUUAAGGUGUCUCUCAUUGAACCAGGAAACUAUGCUCUUGCCACUAAUAUUAUGCCACUACAUACUAUAGAACAAUUCUGGAAUAAAUUUGAUGAAGAAACUAAAGCAAGCUACAGUAAAACAUAUCUACAAUCCUUUGUUAGCUAUAUGAAUAACCAAAGAAACAAUGGAAUGCAUGACUCAAAAGAAGUUAUUGAUGCUAUAACUGAUGCUUUAUUGAGUCAGAGGCCAAAAGCAAGAUAUUUGGUUGCCACUUUUAGAGAAAAAUUUUUGACCUAUGCUUCUUAUUAUUUGCCAGGUUUCCUAAAAGAUUUACUUUUUUUUCCUUAAUAUUAAAGAUAAUGAAAUAAACAGACUAUGAAUAUUACAUAAUUCAGUUAUCAAACUGAAAAACACUGAAAAUUAUAUGUGUAUGGCAUCUAGGGGCAGCUAGGUGGCAUAGUAGAUAGUCAGACCUAAGCUUACUAUGUGUUUGACCCUGUGCAAAUCACUUAACCCUAUUUGCUGUAUUUCUUCAUCUAUAAAAUGAGUCGGAGACAGAAAUGUCAAAUUAAUCCAGUAUCUCUGCCAAGAAACUCCAAAUGGGGUCACAAAGUCAGACAUGACUAAAAGAACUGGAUAACACAACAAAAUGACAUUUAACAGCAAAGAUGUUUGAAAAUUUUUGAAAUUGUUAAAGCUAGUAAAAUAAAAACAUAUUAGAGUUGAUCUAUUUUGUACAACUUUUGAAACAUGAACCAACAUAUGAACAUACUUCAUUUAAAUAAAUGAAUUUUCAAAAUGCUAAAUAAA